GCCCGUCCGUGGACUGGUGGGCGCUGGGGGUGCUGAUGUACGAGAUGAUGGCCGGACAGCCGCCGUUUGAAGCCGACAACGAGGACGACCUCUUUGAGUCCAUCCUGCACGACGACGUGCUGUACCCUGUGUGGCUCAGCAAGGAGGCCGUGUCCAUCCUCAGAGCAUUCAUGACUAAGAGUCCCAGCAAGCGUCUGGGCUGUGUGUUGGCUCAGGGUUUGGAGGAAGCCAUUAAGCUCCACGCCUUUUUCAGAGAGAUCGACUGGACGCUGCUGGAGCAGAAGAAGAUCAGACCGCCUUUCAAGCCGCGCAUUAAAACCAAGAGGGACGUUAAUAACUUCGACCAGGACUUUACUCGUGAAGAACCCGUCCUGACGCCGGUGGAGGACAACAUCGUUAAGCAGAUCAACCAGGAGGAGUUCAAGGGGUUCUCGUACUUCGGCAACGAGGACUAGCUCCAAGCCACAACAUCUAGAAACACCUUUAGUCAAAGGACUGAGACGUCCAGAACCUGAGCACGCCUGGACCCAGCCUGGACCCAGCCUGGACCCAGCCUGGACCCAGCCCGGAACCAUCCCGAACCCAUCCUGGACCCAUCCUGUUUGUCCAGUUGUGCGCUUCCUUCCAUAUGUAGCUUCACCGCAUGCUCGAGCAGGUGAAAGCCUUCCUUCAGCAGGUCCAGGUGGAUUUCAGGCGCGGUGUGUGAGCAUCUGCCGGAGUGUGAGUGUCACUACUCAUUUCGUGUGUCUGUCUGUGUUUAAGGAAGGUUUUCUGAACGCGUCUGAAGGCAAAGGAGCCAGUGAAUCCAUGAACGUGUGAAAGAAACUCUGUACUGAUGAGUUGGUGUCGUGAGGAUUCUGCCUGUUUGUCUGUUGGUGCUUGAACACUCCCUUUGGUUCAAAACCAAACGGUACCACGAGCGUCAGGAACCUGAGUCCUGACACUGACAUGAUGCUGCAACGAGGUCAGAUAAUGAGCAGCUUCCAGUUGAUUCUCCUUCAGUGUCGUGACGUACGGAUCCUGUCGUCGUGGAGAUCAGUCGUCACCUCAUUCUGAAUGUAUUCGCGUCUUCGUUGUGUUUUAGUUGUUAUUUAAAGCCGUGGGCUGUUGUUUCUACCGGAUCUGGUUCUCGCUGGCUCUUCUUUUGAUGGAUUGCAGAUGCAGCAGAACUCGCCUGCUUGGAAGCUGCUUUAAUUCAAACCCUGCUUCUCUGUGGGCAGAGGUGAAAUAAGCUUUAACAAAGUGACCAGGUCUCAGAGGAAACAGGUCGGGUUUUUCUUCAGAGUGAAUCCAAAGAUCUUCAUGUGCAAUAGUGCGGAGGUCUGAGUGGAGCUGUGGCCUGUGUCCGUCCUCUGCUUCCUUCCUUCCUUCCUUCCUUCCUUCCUUCCUUCCUUCCUUCCUUCCUUCCUUCCUUCCCUCGUCUACUGACAUGUUCAAGUACAAAGUGGUCGACUGAGUCAUUCCACAGAGAGUCCGUUUGGUCAGUACCGACCCGUUUCCCUCCUCGUGUGCAGGUGUGAGUACGUUCAGACAAACUUGUUUGAACAAACACCAGAUUCACCAAAAAAAGAGACGGACGCAUUUAACUAAAGAUGAACAAUGACGACUAGAAAAGACACAUGAAGGUAGCAGAAGUCUAAAUGUAGUUGUAAUGAAGAGUCUAUUUAGGACGACUCUUGUGCAGCUUUAACCUGUGUGUAACUUGUAAUAGAAGCCGUUUGUGGCUGGUUUCAGUUUCCUCCUGUCUUGAGGAGAGUGUGACGUCAGCGUCUCCACCUCCUGCUGAGCCGCGGCCCAAAGCGCUGAGCGGCCGUGACCGUAAACGCGGGUCCGGCUGCCGGCUCCGCUUCUGGUUUCAUACCUGAACCAUCUCACUGUCUCAGCUGAGCGUGACGGAGCGUCAAAAGUGGCCCAACCUGAAGGGACCAGCAGGCAAACAGACUGGUCCUGGACCAGUACAGCACCAACAGAACCAACACAGGGUUCCGACCGGAUCGCCUCCUCCCACUCUUUGCUCCUUCACUCGUGUUUGUUGCAGUGGAGAACAGUCUUUGUGCUGACUCCAGUCGGUUGUACUGAAACCCUGGUGGGAAGCGUUCGAGGGCGCGUGACUGUUUUACUUUUUACUCUACUCGUGUCCGGCCCGCGCUUUGUUCCGUUGCGUGUCCAGGCCGUUUCUCUGUGUUCAUGACUUUUUUUGCCAAAUGUACUGUACUUUAAAAUCAUGUGAAAGUGUAUUUUAAUUUUUGAAAUGAAUUAAAUAUCAUGUCAACAAGG